GGCAGUCCUCCGAACUAGGGGCGGUCGGCGCCGGGGCACCGCCGCCGCCGCAGAGCGUCUCCGCGCGGCUGACGGUGUGGUGAUGCGUGGUGAGCUGCGCUCCUCUGGCGCCGUCCGCGUGUCGCCUGUGGUGGUGCUGGCGGGCCGAUCCGGACAGGGCACCAUGGGUCGUCCCAACACUGCGGCGUUCACCGGCGGCUACCUGAUCCAGAACGGCUACUCUCCGGCUCGGUCGCCGGGCAGCGGCUCCCAUACCAGCUCCCACGGCUCCGGUAAGGAGGUGGAACUGAGCAAAACCAACCUUUACAUCCGCGGACUGGGCCCGGAGACCACCGAUGAGCACCUGCGGACCAUGUGCGCCGGCCUGGGUCAGGUCAACUCGACCAAGGCCAUCCUGGACAAAACCACCGGACAGUGCAAAGGGUACGGUUUCGUCGACUUCGACACCGCAGAGGCGGCGCAGAAGGCUGUGAAGCACCUGGUCGCCCGGAACAUCCAGGCUCAGAUGGCUCGCCAACAGGAGCAGGACCCGACCAACCUGUACAUCACCAACCUGCCGGCGUCCUUCACUGAGCGGGAGCUGGAGGCGCUGCUGCAGCGACACGGAUCUGUCAUCUCCACCCGGAUACUGAGGGACGACAACGGCGUCAGCAGGGGCGUCGGAUUCGCCAGGAUGGACCUACCCGAGACCUGUGACAAGGUGAUCCGCGCGCUCAACGGCCACACUCUAGACAACAACCAGGGGCUCCAGCUGGCGGUGAAGUUUGCAGACGGAAACAAGAAGCGCCAGCAGCAGAAGGCGGUGGCCGCUGCCGCUGCCGCUGCUGCUGCGGCCGCCGCCCAGCAGGAGCCCCGCUGGCGCCCCCUGGAGCCGGCCGGACCGCGGCUGGCCGGCUACGAGGCGGCGCUGUCGGCGGCCGGCCGCUACCCGCUGCAGCAGCUGCCCUACUGGCCGCAGCCGGCGCUCGUCUACCCGGGCGGCUCGCUGGCCGGCCAGCACGAGCUGGACACGUUCAGCCUGCUGCAGAGCAUGCAGCAGCUGCAGCUGGCGGCGGCGCCGCACCCGGCGCACCCGGCGCACCCGCAGCAGUACGGCGGCUACCCGGCCUACGGGGCGGCGCCGUACCCGCCGGCGGCCACUGCCGUCAGCCUGGCCGGCUUCUACCCGCCGCACCACCACCAUCACCACCUGGUGCCGGCCGUGUCGCUGGCGCCCGCCGAGGCCGCUGGUGCUGACUGAGCGACACUCAGGUUGGUGCUGAUUGGGGGGCAGAAGUGUGUUGGCGGAUGAAGGAGCUUACAGGCGUCGGUGCUGCCACUGAGAGUGGAAGAGUCGUCCGACUUUCGGCCGUUGAUGGCGCUAGUGUGCGCGACUGUGGAGCUAGAGUCAGUGUGCGGCCUCGAGGCGGACGAACGGACAUACAUGACCGCCUUACGAGAGGGAAGACUUUCUUCAGUGAACGGACAGACUCUUUGAUUGGAGUAUGAACUCCAGUGAGGGUGUGCUGAGGUUCCAUUCCACUGAAAUUCCGACACCGCGCCGCACUGUGGGGUGUGGAAUCACUCGAUUUGGUAGCUGCGUGAAUCACCAGUUCGCGAUGUUUCGCCAGACGGUCUCCAGUGGUCCGCCGCUGGUCCCCGUCGUCCGCCGCUUGUCCCCGUGGACCAUUUUUCGAGGCCUCGCGUCCCAUCUCGAGUCUGCUGCCUACGACGACUGACUGUCUCAUGUUUUAUACGGCCUACAUCCUGAAUAUUUAUAUUUAAUUUCCUGCCUUUUGCGGAGUUUGCCUGUGUGAAGUGUGUCCCGAGUGCCGUUCGCCUUUCUUGGGUCGUUGGGGUUAUAGAUUAGGUGGACGUAGUAAUUUGUGCGGGGUUGGAGUGCUCUUUGCGGUGCCUUCGUCUUUGUCUCGCCUUACUCUCGACUUGUCUCCUUUUUUAAAUAUCUUCUUUGAUUGCUUCUAGUUGACUGUGCUGCAUGGUGAAAUUCAUGCAGAGGUGAUAGCUGGUAAUUCCAUAGGAGAAAGAUUCGGAUGUUAUGAUAGGUAAAUGCUAUGAUCAGCAGCCUGCAGAUCAAUCUACAUUCCUCAGAGAACAUUUAUUGUGCCAUACAGAGACUAUUGUAAACCGAGCCGUGGAGAGGUGUAAGAUUCAUGAGAGAAAAGUCCGAGAUCGGCCAUCCCCUAACCCUAAAAAUUGCAUUUCUUUACGAUUUGUUACAAUUUGAGAUUAUACAAGACGUGUGGCGAUAUUUUCCCGCGUCUGACUACAUCAUGGAUGUCGAGGGGAUAUAUUUCAUAUCUCUCCUUCAUGCCAUAUCGUGCUGAGGUGUAUAGGAGAAAUGUGUCGUCUAAACUGUGGCUGGUAGAUUUGUUUGAGGUAUUGUCUCGGCUGGGUCUGACUUCCCCACUGGUUCAGCCACUGGUCUGCGCUGUCGUGAUGUGGUGAAACAGACUACAUGUCACCACGAAAAUAGCUCCGAAAUGGAAGAGGUCUGGUGCCUGGACUUCAAGGAGAUUCCGGGAGGACUGUCCCCCCCCCCCCCCCCGGAUAGCCGGCCCGCUAUUUUUGUACAUAUUUUUGUGACCGUCAAUGACCACUGUCUCGGAACGUUGCGCAUGUUUGAAGUUUUGGCGACGGCUUGGGAGGUGCUGUUUGUAUGACCAGUGGUUGCUGUUUGUAUGACCAGUGGUUGCUGUUUGUAUGAUCAGUAGUGCAAACCGCCAGGGGAUUGAGCGGGUUAUGUUGACGGACUGUCCGAGUGAAGGCCGCACUGGCGACACGACAUUGUCUCUGAGCGGUUCCGAGAAUUAGGGGCAGUGGCGGGAGUGGCGGGUUUGUUUGGGAGUGUGGAUGUUUGGGAUUACGAUUGUCAUGUUUGUCGGGGAUUGUGAAUGAGUUGGGUGUUAUGUAUGUCCGGGUAUGUGAGCCGGGGACCAGUUCGUCAGGUGUGCGGCAGUGUAGCGCCCACAGUCCGUGUGCCGGGCUGGACUGAGGGCUGCGAUGGCAGGGGUAUAGGUGCGGCAGCGUGCCCAGCAGAGAGGAGCCGCUGGGUGACCCGGCCGUGUCCUCAAGGACGGCCGGCUGGGCCGCCGGCGGAGAACAAUACACGAAAAAAAAACAUACAA